UCCUCGGUAUCCGGAAAUUAACUAUCCCGUGAUGUCGGGGGAAUGCUAGCAUAGCAUCUGAAUGACUACAGUGCCAUUCUCUGGUGUUAAAACAUUUUCAUAGUUUCCUGACAGCUAACAGUUUAGUCUACAAAUAUGGAAUUAUCGGAGUGGAAUGCUGUCGGAGAAUGUAUCCCUCCGCACGGACGUUAACGGGAGGAAGACUCCCUCCGGACUUAACGGGAUGCUGCUUAGUUAGCCUCGCUGGAGCCCGAGAUCAGAUUUAUGUGCCACACAAGCUAGCAGGCUAGUUAAUGCGUUGUGUCAAAGUAAUUACGUUCAGCUGCUUGGUCAAGAAAGAGUGAAAUAUGUCGCGGUUUGUGUUGGAGGAACUGUCAGAUUUUGGGGACUAUAUAGGCAGUCAAGAACUGACUGACAUUCUUAACCUGUCCAACAACGAGCACAAGAACAAUCUGACAAAUAUUCGCAUGAGCCCAGAUGGACGUCACAUCCAUAUCAUCCUCCACAAGCCUAAGGUCGGUCUCAUGACUUUUGACAAGUAUGAAAGACCCCAGCUGACUCAGAACCAGAAAAAACUGGAUUUAUGGCUAACACGAACUGUUCCGGUUGUGGAUAUUUUUUAUUUGGAUCAACAUAAUAGCAGCACAAGCGCAGCGGUCGUUGCGGUGAUUUAUGAGAAUGGAAAAGCCGAGUUUUGGAAAUUUCAGGAGUGCAAGGCUGGCUGGCAUCUUCUACAAACGUCAGAUCUGUGCAACAGCCCUCGGGCCAGAGUGGUGUCUGCCUGUGCGUGCUCUAAUUUUAUCAUUUGGUGUGAGGAGCGACCACCUUCAGAAAGCUCCCCAGCCCUCAGCUCCACAAGGAACAAAUUAAGAUACUGUGUUUGCAAACGUGACUUUGAGGUGGAGGAGGGCGCUGUCAGCUUAGGAGGGAUAAAAAUCACCCUUCACAACAAUCCUAAAUUUGCUGUAAUCAGCUCAGGUGAAUAUGUGCAUCUUCUUCCGGAUUUGAAAGUGAAACCGCUGUUGAGCAUCUCCAAAUUUUUCCUUUCCUGGUCACUUCACCAUGACUCCUUCACAGUCAGCACCACCUGUAAAAACACUCCCAUCAAAAAGCUUUCAGCCAAAGAGUCAGACUUCAAGAAACUGGUCACUGAUUGUUUGGGAUAUUUAUCAGCUCUUCAGCCACCUGAGAUCCACAACUUUUCCCCUACAGGCUGUGGAGGCCUGCUUCUGCUGCUCAGCACAGGCUGGCUGUGUCUCCUACAAAAAGACGGGGUCCUGCGGAAGGUUUACAAACUGGCCGACAACUGCUUGGUAAAAUAUGGCACUCACACCAGCCUUUGUAUGUACCAGAACAUUGUGGCGCUAACAAUAGGGCAAACCCUACAUCUGAUAGACUUGACCUGUGGCAGAGAGCUGGAAAAGAUUCUGUUGAAAAGCGAGGCGUUAUUAUAUGCAAACCGAGCUGAAAGACAGACCGUGCAUCUGCUCUCUGAAACUGGACUUUUUGUAGUACUGAACAGGGAACCAGAUUCCAGAGGCUGCAACGCUAAAAAGAAGCCUUCUGGUUUCACUACAGCUGAGAUUAUUCAUCCUGAUGCUCUACUGGUUGAAGCUGUCUUUGAGGAGGCCUGUAAAUACUAUCAGCAGAGGAGCCUGAGCAGCACACAGCUCACCGUGGACACGCUGAAGAAAGGAGGUCGAUUCCAGGCUCCCAUCUAUUUAGCCUCCAUCCUCAGGAGUUACUUUAGCACAAGGUUGAAGAGAACUGGCAUAGAGCUCCUGCAGAAUGGUGCAGGUGAAUGUAUGGCAGGGCAAGACAAGCUAAUGGGCUCUCUGGAGGGUGAGCUCAAAACUCUCGUUUCUCUGGAGGAAGUGAAGGGGAGUUUAGUGAGAGGAAGUGUUAAAGAGGUGGAGGCACUGUGUGAGACUCUUGUGGAGAAAGAGGUGUUACGGCUACUGGCAUCCUCAGAACUGGAUAAAGAGGCUUUACUAUACCUAAACUCCAUCUUCAACAUUUUCCCCUGCCAUGCAUGGAAGGCUGCACAAGCUGCAUUACAGCUGCAUUACAACGGGGAGGGCUCUCUAACCAGCAAAGCUCCCUCAGACAUCUGGAAAACUGUUUUCAGUUCGGCGCCAAACUCCAGCCCCAAAGCCUCUCUUCUAUUCACAAAUGGCAGAUCAAAGAAGAAUUAUAGUCUUAAAGGUGACCACAAGGCCAAACCUGCAACCUACAUCUCCCCAACUGUGCUGCCAGUGUUUGAGCUCCUCUGCCAGUCAGUUUUUCACUUCCAGCCCAGCUGGCUGCCCAGGUUCCUCGAGCUUGCUCAACAGCAGCAGGGGUCCGCAGGUUUGGGUCUGAGCCUGGCUUCUUCAUCCUGGAGCUUUUCUGGGGGUAGAGGAGGAGAGGGCGGGGAGAACAACGUGCCACUCUACAAACGAGCACUGUGCAUUUUGUCUGGCUUAAACAUUGACAGAGACCAGCACCAAGAAUUGGAGGUGGAGCUGCUGCUGGUCAGUGGGCGCCCCAACGCUAUUCUGCAGGCACUGAGGAUCCUCAUGGGCAAGCAGCAGUGGGAGCGGGUGACCCAGGUGGCUCAGCAAUUUUGUAAACAGAGUCCACUGCUCAACAAGGAGAUUUUCACUACUCUUCUUUGUGAGGUGGCUAAUCACAGGGAUCUGGACCCCUACCUGGACCUGCUGUGGGCAUUGUGCCCUGAAGACUUCACUGUCACCACCAUCCUUAACUUGGUGCUAAAAAACCUCCCCUCUCCUAACACUUCCUCCCACUCCUCUUCCUUUUCCAUGUCCUGUACGACUUCCUCAUCUCCUGCUCCUUUUGCAGACUCCCACAGCAGCCAGCUGACCAUAGGGCUGUUGAAGCCACUGCUGAGAAAAGUCCUUCAGAGGGAGACCAAGCCUAGUCAGCGUUAUGCUGAUAUCCUCCAGUCACCAUCGUACCCCCCUCCGGCUCUUCCUCGCCAGCCCACAGAGCAGCCCAGCUCUGUCACAGAUACUAGCACAGACUUAACUCUGUGCAACAACAUCAGUCUGGCUCUGCUUGCAGAAAACGUCUGAUGAGCACUUGUCCACACACGCAACAAUUCAAGGUACCAAGGUGGCACAACCUGCUAACCCAGUUUGAUUUACAUUAAAAUGAACAAACUAAACUAAGAACAGAGCUUGUCUUAUAACACAUUUUACACAUAGUCUGACCAAAGUGUGUCAACAAUCAUAUUAAAGCUGUGUGUUACCAGUAUCAUCAGUGUAAUAUAGCUAACUGACAUAUUUGAUUGUGUUUUUAAACAGCUUGUCAGUUUAAAUAUGAAUACUAGAUACAAUGAAAUGACUACUGAAAACCCUACCAAUGUAAAUAAGAUAAUUAUGUUGUACAUACUGUACCUGCAGUGUUAUUUAUCUCUUAAUCCUUAAGAGCAUGAGAAUGUAAAUGUUCUUGCAUUAGUACCUUAAACCCCCAUCAGUUUAAUACAAUAAGAAAGAGUACAGGGUAUAGUGUGUAAACAUGGUUUAUCCACUAACUCUCAGGCAAGAAUGGAGUCUGUUUGCUCCAAUCUUAUCAUCUGGCCAUCCACAGAAAGCUCUCCUGCCUAUCAGCUCACAAUGAAUGUGUUUAGAUGCUGUAUCUGCAGUGUUAUUUAUCUCUUAAGCCUUAAAUGCAUGAGAUGAGGUUUUUUGUUUGUUUGUUUUUUGUGCGCUAAGUAACUUUAACCUGUUUUUAAAAGUGUCUUGCGUUCACACAGCUGCUCAGUCAGAAACAGGACUACUAACUGCUGUUCAUGUGGUUUAUUAUGCUGCCUUAUUAAGAAAAAAAAGAUUUCUUUUAAUUGUUUUCAAUUCCUUUUUUUUUGCUUGUGUGCUGUCAUGCAGUAGGUAAUCUACUGAGUGAACUUAAACAAGCUGGCUUUUGUUUGUAGUGAGGUACAAUUUGCAAAAAGAUAGAGUAAAGCUGGGGGGGGUCAAAGUUCCUUUGUUGACUUUUAGUUUCACAUUUACCACUUUAAACAUGCUUAAACAUUAACCUGGAUUUGACUGCCUUAAUUAGACUUUGUAAACUUUGCAAACUAAUCUACAACAGUCUGCUUGUCCGUGUUACUUUCUAAUUUUUCCAACCGUCAUCCAUUUUCCUCUCAACACUCCCAUCUUGUCCAGUCUGCUCCCUCUCUGCCAAACUCACAGGACAUUCCAGACGUAAUGCCCAGUAAAAGUGACUCACAGUUGGACUUCCAAUUCAAUUUCUGUGGUAAUCAUGUUAGGAUUUGAGUGUGUGGGACAUAUGACUAACAGAAGCACCCUGCUGCUUUCAUAAGGUCACAUACAUCCUCUUUAAUGGACCCGGUGAGGAUGUUAUUAGAGAUGAUAGGCCAGAUACUGGAUACUUAUCCCUUCUCUUUCAUAUCACACCAGUUAGUAUUGUCUUUGCCAUUUGAUGCAGCUUUUAAAAUCAAGGUUUUCUGAUUUAAGAGCUUUAAACAAAGGUACAUUGAAGUGCCUGUUUUAUCUAUGCCAACUGUUUGAAUCAGCUGUUCAACGUGGGUUUUUUGUUCAGAAUAUGCUGUUUUUAAAGCCAAAUUUUUAUUUAUUGUGUAAGAAUAUUUGGAAGACUAGUAGAAUAACUGUGUAGGACCUGCAUGGGGGAGGUCCUAAAAAAUGGAGACAUCUCAUAUGUGCUAAGUGACAAUCACAUUCCAAAAUGCUGCAAAAUAGUUUUUUACAAGGCUGCUCUUCAUUUACAGGGUAGUGUCACAUUUUUUUGCUGUGGCUCCUCAACAUCUUUCAUAUUCCAGAUACACAACUGGACCUGGAUCAAAGAAUCUGCUCUCUGUAUUUUAGAAAAAAAUUGUUUUAUCCAAAUAUCACUUGAUGUAUUAAACGUCUCAUUUUCAAAUUCAGUAUGAAACCUUCCUUAUUUAAGUCUGUUAUUACAUUUACUCUAAACAAGCAUGGCAAAACCUGUUUGGCUGAUUUCAGUUCAGCUCGCUGGCUUUCACACUGUACUAGACAUGUACUGAGAUUCGCUGGGAACUCCCUGACUUCCCCAUACAGGGCACUCAGCCUGAUUAUAUGACUGUUUGUAUGUUAAAUAUUAAUUUGCCUUAAACCUUGCCUCUAGUUGCUGUUAAUAAUUAGGAAUUCCUCUUUCAUGUCUAUAUUGUAACUUUGUUUACUAUUGGCAAAGCUGCCUUUAGGCUGUAUUUGAAAAGAGGAAAAUAUAAAUAAUAAGUAUUUAUGAGCAGAUGUUGUAUGCUAUUAAAUGAAAUAUAAAAU